AUGGAGACAGUAAAGGUUGAGGCUAUUGAGACAUCUGGUGAGAUAUCUGUGGAGACAAAGGAUAAUCUCGAGGUGGGGAAGGUUGAGCAUGGAGAUGCAUUCGUUGUGGAGCCUAUGGCGGGUGUGAGCCAAAUCAUUGAGAAGGAAGAGCCAGCUGUGGAUCCUGUGGCGACAAUCGAAAGUAGCGAUGACAUGGCGAGCGUGGCAGAAAUGAAAGUUGAUGCCGGUGCGAGCGGUGAGGCCCUGGAGACAGGUGUCUAA